AUGAAUGAUAUCACCGGGAAACACACCUGCUGGCUCUGCAGCUGUGCACCUCUGUGUCCCUGCCAGAGCUCUCUACCCAUUAAGCUGCUGGAGCUUUACGCCCUGCAUCAGAUUGACCAGCUGGCCAAGUGCACCUCUGAUUCCUCCUUCUCCCGCAAGACCAACGAGAUCAGCGAGCUCAUCUACAGCAUCGCUCAGGACUACAACCUGGAGGAGCAAGAGGCCGAGUGCAAGCUGGUGCACGGGGUCAUCCGCAUCAGCACGCGGAAGGGCAAAAGGAACAAGGGCUACCUGUCGACCGGGCAGCAUCAUAACAGCAGGAGGGACGGGACCCUCCCCGACAGUGGCAACGAGACCAUGACAAACCCCUUCAUGAGCAGUGAUUUUCCAGAGGUGAAAGUGUCGGAGCAGACGCCAUCAGACGAGCUGGCGAGAAAGAUGAGAAAUUACAGCGGGCGAACAUAUUCCUCCAGCACUACUACGGCCUACUCGGCGUACCACCACGACGCUGAAACCUACUCCUCAGGCGCUCCUCUGAUUCUCUAAAAGUCAAACAAAAACAAUGAGAUGUAGCCAGUUACAUGGGCUAUUUCAUCCUCCUGUUGUUACCAAGUUGAGCACCUUUUACCCCGGGUGGUUGUACUUCUGCCUUUAAGUGGUCCAGCUACUACCUGCUGUUUUCAAGCAUCUUUAUGUUUCAAGCAAAAGGCCCACUGAGGAGACUCUCCCCCCCCAUCUCCCCC